ACCGUCUUCAAACAGGAACCAUGAAGCUGAUCAUCUUCGCCUGCCUGGCCGCCGUUGCCCUCGCCCGCCCUCAGAAACCCGACUCUGAGGCCGAGACCGUUUUGGACGAGAGGUCCGACAACGGCGACGGCAACUUCCAGUACACUUUCCAGACCAGCAACGGCAUCAGCUCCUCCAACACUGGCACUCCUGGAUCUGAGGGUCAGAGCAACAUGCAGGGAUCAUACAGCUUCCUCCUUCCCGACGGCACCCUCGCCGAAGUCAGCUUCGUGGCCGACGAGAACGGCUUCCAGCCCUCGUCCGACCUCCUGCCCGUCGCCCCGCCGCUGCCCGACCACGUGCAUGAACUGCUCCGCAUCGCCGAGGAACAGCGGGCGAGCGGAGUUCAGUUUUAGGAUUCUUGAGGAAUUGUUUUCAUGACAACGAGCUCUCUCUGAUUUUCCUGUAAAUAAAUGAAGAAAAGGCAAUAUAUAAUGUGCAUGUAGUACUGUACAUAAUACACUAAUCACAUGACCAAGA